GACUCAUAGACUUCAUAGCUGAGGUGGACCUGACCUCAGCCCUGACCCGGAAGAUCACGCUGAAGACACCUCUGAUCUCCUCCCCCAUGGACACUGUGACAGAGGCUGACAUGGCCAUCGCGAUGGCUCUGAUGGGAGAUAUUGGUUUCAUUCACCACAACUGCACCCCAGAGCUCCAGGCCAAGGAGCUAGGGAAGGUCAAGAAGUUUGAGCAGGGCUUCAUCACGGACCCCAUGGUGCUGAGCCCCUCCCACACUGUAGGUGAUGUGCUGGAGGCCAAGAUGCGGCAUGGCUUCUCUGGCACCCCCAUCACUGAGACGGGCACCAUGGGCAGCAAGCUGGCGGGCAUCGUCACCUCCUGAGACAUCAACUUUCUUGCUGAGAAGGACCACACCACCCUCCUCAGUGAGGUGAUGACACCAAGGCUCGAGCUGGUGGUGGCUCCAGCAUGUGUGACGUUGAAAGAGGCAAAUGAGAUCCUGCAGCGUAGCAAGAAAGGGAAGCUGCCUAUCAUCAAUGAUCGCAAUGAGCUGGUGGCCAUUAUCACCAGCAGCGACCUGAAGAAGAACCAAGACUACCCUCUGGCCUCCAAGGAUUCCCACAAGCAGCUGCUGUGCGGGGCAGCUGUGGGCACCCGUGAGGAUGACAAAUAUCGCCUGGACCUGCUCACCCAGAUGGGCGUCGACAUCAUAGUCUUGGACUCGUCCCGAGGGAACUUGGUGUAUCAGAUCGCCAUGGUGCAUUAUAUCAAACAGAAGUACCCCCACCUCCAGGUGAUUGGCAGGAACGUGGUGACAGCAGCCCAGGCCAAGAACCUGAUUGACGCUGGUGUGCACGGGCUGUGCAUGGGCAUGGGCUGCGGCUCCAUCUGCGUCACCUGGGAAGUGAUGGCUUGUGGUCAGCCCCAGGGCACUGCUGUGUACAAGGUGGCCGAGUAUGCCCGGUGCUUUGGUGUGCCCAUCAUAGCCAAUGGCGGCAUCCAGACUGUGGGGCACAUAGUCAAGGCCCUGGCCCUUGGAGUCUCCACAGUGAUGAUGAGCUCCCUGCUGGCCACCACCACGGAGGCCCCUGGUGAGUACUUCUCAGACGAGGUGCAGCUCAAGAAGUACCGGGGCAUGGGCUCGCUGGAUGCCAUGGAGAAGAGCAGCAGCAGCCAGAAACGAUACUUCAGCAAGGGGGGUAAGGUGAAGAUCGCGCACGGUGUCUUGGGCUCCAUCCAGGACAAAGGGUCCAUUCAGAAGUUCGUGCCCUACCUCAUAGUGGGCAUCCAGCACGGCUGCCAGGAUAUCGGGGCCCACAGCCUGUCUGUCCCUCGGUCCAUGAUGUACUCAGGAGAGCUCAAGUUUGAGAAGGGGAUCAUGUCGGCCCAGAUCGAGGGUGGCGUCCAUGGUCUGCACUUUUAUGAAAAGUGGCUGUACUGA